ACUAGCAAGUGGCCCGUGAGUGUUUUUAGCUUUUUUUGUUGGUGAUUUCAAAAAGUAAUAUAUAUGUUUUUAUAGAAAACAGAGUUUCUCUUAUGAGUACAAACAGAAGCUGCAGGCAUAGUUACUCCAUAACAAGAGUCAUAAAGUUUGCCUGAGAACUCAGUGAGUUGUGUAUUUGACCCAACAACAAGAUUUCCCAUGAGCGGAAUUCACCGUGACUCGGGGACACUCGAUUCCUCCUCCGGUUGCCUCAGACACCUGUCACGGCUCUGCAGCUCACAUUCAUGGGCGUUCUGACAAGAAGGGUGUGUCUGCUUUGAUCUGGAGGACGGAGAUGCAGAGGGUGUCUCGCCCACAGAAGCAGAACGGGUUUGUCCGCUCACCUCCCCUCCUCAUAAAAGGUCGGAUCCACCUGUGGCCGCGCCGUUAGUUCAGUCGGGAGCUCACUUCACACGGGCCGAGAUGGCUGCAACUACAGCACAGGCCAUGGGGAGCCUGCCCAGCGGACUGGAGAUCUGCACAACUGCCCCGGAUAUAUUUUAUCUGCCUGAACUGGUGUUCGGUGGUCUGGUGUGGAUUCUGGUGGCGUCGACCCACGUGACCCCACCAAACCCUCUGGGAUGGGUGAUGUUUGUCUCCAUCUUCUGCUUUGUCAUGACCUUCCUCUGGAUGAUCCUGUUCCUGACUGGAUGUCAUAAAAGCAGUUCUGGCUGGGCUGCUGCUGACUUCAUCUACCAUGGGCUGGCGGUGCUGUUUUACCUCAGUGCGGGGGUAGAUUUGGCGUUCAUCACCAUGUUAAUGAAAGCAGGAGACUUUAAAAUGUACCAGAUUGACAUUUCUGCCGUGGUUUUCGCCUUUGCCACCACCCUGCUGUACUUCAUCCACGCCAUCCUCUCCGCCAUCCGAUGGAAACAUUUCUGAACGAAGCAGAGCGGAAAAACUGGAUGCCGUCUGAUGCACAACACAGUUGUGUAUGUCUGAGUGUUUUCUGCUGAGAAUACUCACAACGAUAACUUAAUAGGAAGUUUUCAUUUGUAUUUCCCUCACGUGCUGCAUGUUGAAAAGAUGUGGCACAAAUGCGAUCCAUCACUUCUUCUGUUUUCAUAUAAAACAUGCAGGAAGAACCAAAAAACUGCUAAAUAAUAACAAUUGUAGAUUUUUCUGAUUGAAUGUGAUGCUGUUUUUAUGGAAGCAAAAUGUACUUUACCUUCAUUUCAAAAAGUAAACGAACUGCUAAGAAAAAAACAUAUGUUUUCCAAAAAUACAUGUUUUUUUUUCCCUAAGAAACAUAUUUUGAUUACACAAUAACUGGCUUCAUUUGUAUUAUCAAAUGGAGGAGACAAAAUGUCUACUCUGAAGAUACCUGACACCUCCUUUAGUCACUUUGCUGAGAAAACGAUUCAGCCGCUUUCUCUGCAAUAGUAAAGUGUAUUAGACAUUCACUUUUGUUCAACCUUUGCAGUUCACCUGCAAAUCCAACUUCUAUUUUAAGAUAAGGACGAAAAACAAAAGGAAAACUUUAUGGGCAUUUUUUGUUUAUAAAGAAAAUGCAGUUUUCAGAAAUAAGUCUUAAUUUAAAGACAAGUAAUGCCAACAUGCUGCUAGGAAGGAAUGUUUAAAAAUGCAUAAUUAUUAUUUAAACUCUUUUUAUGUUUGCUACUUAAAAAAUAAGGUAACGCUGAUGCUUUUUUUUCUUUUUUUUUCUAUCCAAUCAUAGUAAAUAAAUGAAAAAUUGCACCACAAAUCGGAUCACCGUUAUUUUAGAUUUACUUUAGGAGAAUAAACUUUUAGGAAAGCAAAAUGCCAUUCACAUUUUUAAUUUAAUGUAUUAAAUUUUGUUUUCUUUUUGAAUUUAAUUACAAUAAUUAAUGCCAGCAUUGAACACAAAAGAUGUAUUUUCAUGUUUUAGAAAAGGAUUUAUUAAGUUGUUGCAUUUCUCAUGUUCUUGAGAUUAAAAUAUAUAUAAAAAAACA